AAUGGAUAGCAAAAUUAAAAUUACUACUUUCGCUAAUGAAAAUUUAUAUGUAUUAAAUAUUAUAUAUUCAGGUAGAUAAAAAUAUAAUUUGUGAAUCUCCUAUAUUGAAAGAGGCUUUGGAUAAAUCAGAGAAUGGAGAAAUAAUUAUUGAUUUACCAUUUGAUAUUUUAGAAAUAGUAUUUACUUUCUAUGAGAACCAUAAACAUGAAAAAGAAAUAGAAAUAAAGGCUCCACUUAACAAAUAAUCCUAAUUCUAAAAUUUUAUAGAUAAAAAAGAUUAUCAAAUGCUUGAAAAACUAAGUUUAAAUAAAUAAUAGUAGUUAAUUUAAAUUUGCAAUAAUUUGCACUAUAAUCAAUUAAUGAAAAUUACAUGUGCAUCCUUAGCCAAUAAGUUAUAGUGUAAGAAAUGAUUCGUAUAAAAAUAGAUAUGGAUACAGGAGCAAUCAGAUAAAUGUUUAAUAUUUAAUAGGAUUAAAGUAGGGAACAAUUAGAAAGAAUUUCUUUGGAAAAUAAAUGGUUAAAAGAAUGA